AAGAACCGCUUCUAAACACACCAAAACCAACAAUAUUAUAUCUUCACAUUUAAUUUGUAUUAGAAAUGUCUCCAAAACAAGCCAAAAUCUCCAUCUUUCUUGCUCUUUUCUACCUUUAUCUAACAUCAUUAUCCUCUGCCCUUUCAAACUGCCCUGGAUUUAAUUCAAUCCCGGAUAUAUUACGUCGUUACGAAUUACCCACGGGAAUUUUCCCCGACAAUGUGAAAAGCUUCAGUUGCGUAAGCAACAGCGAUUUGUCGUACAAGCUUACGAUUCAAUUAUACGGUGUUUGUCAAGUGACUCGUUCAAUGUUUGGCGUCAAAAAUAUAGUCGUGUGCGAGCCCGAGAUAUCGGCCACAAUAUCAUACCAGCAGCUAACAAACGUGAAAGGUGUGACGGUUACACUGUUUGUUAAUGGUGGUCAAGUUGGCGAGCUGAUGACAAUCAAAGAUGUUCGAGCAGUGGGACAGGGAUUCGUCAGGUUUCUUCAGUUUGAUUCGGACAAGGGUCCAAGUCCGUGGUUCCCUUACCUUGAUAUUGCUCAGGAACCUCCUAAAUGCGACAUCCGGUCCAUCCCUCUUCUUCUUGGUGCUUAAUAAAUAAGGUCAUCCAUGGUUCAGUUGUUUUGUAUUAUUGAUGAAUAAAUUGGAUGUUGUUAUUUGGUUCCCACGUGUAUUUUUAUUUAUGUAGAUUUGUGCAUGUUGUUUGCUUUCACGGGUCGAUUAAAAAAAGUUACUCUGUUAAUUCGAACACCAAUCUAGGUGGAAGGAUACUUAUUGGUGUUGGGGUAUUUGAAUAUCGUGUGUUAAGUUAUUGUUUUAUCUUUAAAAUUGUUAAAUGUAUGUUGGAAGUCUCUAUGAAAUCACAAGUAUUAAAAAUGAAAUAUAAAUUUCAAUUAGUUAAA